CAAAUGGAGUCAUGAAGAUGUUGAUAAGUUAAAGCAUGCAGUUAAUCAGCAUGGAGAAAAUUGGGAAUUGAUUUCUCGUGACGUUUUUAAUGGUUAUAAGAACAAAAAUGGGUUGUUAUGGAAAUGGAAUUUAAUCAAAAAUCAAUAUCAAGGUGACAAUACUCAGAAAGUAAGAACAUUAAAACCUCGACAAGAAAUAACGAAUAAGGAUCAAUUGGCUCGUGAAUUGGGUCGACAACUCAAUCUGCAUUGUUCGAAUCUUGUAGAAUUAUUCGGACAGCGAGCUAUAUCGAUCGAAACAUAUUUUAAUGGGCAAUCAGGAUUCCCUUGGACUGAAGAAGAAAACUCUACACUGUUUGGUGCCAUAAAAGAAUUUGGUACUAAAAAUUGGGAAAAAAUUUUAGAACGUUUGCCAGGAAGAUCAUUGGAAAAUAUUCAAGAGAGGUGUUCUAGCACCUUAUGGGAACCACAAGAAGUGGAAGCCUUUAAUAAAGCUUAUGAGCUACACGGUAGUGAUUGGAGUAAGAUUAGUGGGCUUGUUGGUACGAGAUCUCCUGGUCAAUGUUGGUCAUAUUGGAGAAUUACUACCGGUAAUGAUCUAUUGAAACCUCAUUCUGGAAAUCGUAAACCUGGAUUUUACCAUGCAAAUGUUUUCCUUCAAUUUUCAAACAAAGAAAUUUCACAGAUGUCUUUUAUACGUAAUGAUAUUGAAGAAGAUUUCAUGCCUGAAUGA